GCCUCGCGCGACUCGGGCGCCUCGCGCGGCUGCUCCCGCGGCGCCGGACUCGGGGCGGGAACCCGGAGGCCGGGAAGGGGAUUCGUGGGUCUCGCAGGAGCCCGUGUCGCCCGCGAUCUGCGUUCCUGCUGAGCGCCCCUUUCCUUCGCUUUUUCGGGUCUGGGGCCCUGGCCGCAUCCUCCUUCAGGCCGGUUGGCACACCAGCCAGGGUACGCCACAUGGCAGAAAACCGAGAGCACCGAGGGGCCGUGGAGCCUGAGCUGGAUCCAGUGGAGUACACCCUUCGGAAGCGACUGCCUCACCGCCUGCCCCGGAGGCCCAAUGACAUUUAUGUCAACAUGAAGACUGACUUCCAGGCCCAGCUGGUCCGCUGCCAGAAGCUGCUGGACGGCGGGGCGCGGGCUCAGAACGCAUGCACUGAGGUCUACAUCCAUGGCUGGGGCCUGGCCAUCCAUCGUGCCAUCAACAUCGCCCUCCGGGUGCAGGCGGGCAGCUUCGGCUCCCUGCAGGUGGCCGCCAACACCUCCACAGCGGAGCUUGUUGACGAUCUGGAACCAGAGACUGAUGCCCGAGAGCCGCUGACCCGCAUCAGAAACAACUCCGCCGUCCACAUCCCAGCGUUCAGGGUCACACCGAGGUAAUUAAAAUGAGUCUGGCUCACUUUACCCAGCCACCCUCAGCUGGGCUCAGGUAUGACUCUCCUUGUACUCAGUGCUGUCCUGGACCUCCUGCCAGUCAGGAAAAGCCUGUCUUCUCGUGGCCCAAAGGAUUCUGAAUUGAGAGCGUGGAAGAGUGUCUCUGGUUGGGCCCAAGCAAUAGGCCUUCCUGAGUCUCUGUGGUCUGUGAGCAACCAUCGUCCCAGACAAUAAAAGGUAUCGAGUUGUGUUAUCGUC